AUGCUGCGUCGCUCUUUGGCAUUCUGUUCUAAGAAAGCUCCGCCUCCAUUUAAGUAUGUCCCAUUGAUUCCACAUGCUUCCCACAAUGAUACCCCGUUUCGACUACUCACAAAAGACUAUGUUUCUGUUGUUAAUCCUGGUGCUGGAAUUCCAGAAAUUCUUAAGGUAGAUGUGGAGGGUUUGUCAUUGCUUGCCGCAGAAGCUAUUGGUGAUGUUGAGCACCUUUUACGUCCCUCACACCUGCAAUGUUUGCGUAAUAUAUUUGAUGAUCCUGAAGCCAGCGAUAAUGAUCGUUUUGUUGCUUUACAACUCUUAAAGAAUGCGAACAUUGCUGCAGGUCGAGUCCUUCCUGGAUGUCAAGAUACUGGCACAGCAAUUGUUGCUGGUUAUAAAGGUGAACAAGUUUUCACAAAUGGUGAUGAUUCUGAGGCGUUAAGUCGUGGUGUUUACAAGGUAUUUACUACAACUAACCUUCGAUACAGUCAAAAUGUUCCACUUUCUAUGUAUGAUGAGAAAAAUACAGGAUGUAACUUACCGGCACAGAUUGACCUCUACGCUACAAAAGGACAAGAAUAUGAAUUUAUGUUUGUCGCUAAGGGUGGUGGUUCAGCAAAUAAAGCAUACCUAUUUCAAGAAACAAAAUCUGUUCUUAAUCCAAAAUCUAUUCGAAAAUUUCUUCAAGAAAAGAUUGCUACCAUUGGAACAGCGGCAUGCCCCCCAUAUCAUAUUGCUGUUGUUGUGGGAGGAACAAGUGCAGAAUUAACUAUGAAAAUGGUUAAAUAUGCCUCUUGUAAGUACUAUGAUUCUUUACCGACUAAACCAGAUGAAUCUAAAGGUUAUGCCUAUCGUGAUGUUGAAAUGGAAAAAGUGGUAAUGGAUAUUUGUCGUGAUAUUGGAAUGGGUGCCCAAUUUGGUGGUAAAUAUUUUGCCCAUGAUGCCCGUGUGAUUCGUCUACCUCGUCAUGGAGCCAGUUGUCCUAUUGGUAUUGGUGUAAGUUGCAGUGCGGAUCGUCAGGUGCUUGCGAAGAUAAACAAGGAUGGUAUUUGGUUGGAGCAGCUCGAGACGGACCCCGCCAAGUACCUCCCGGAGGUGACGGAGGACCAACUUCUGCGGGUGCCACCGGUGGAGAUUAAUCUUAACAUGCCGAUGGACGCUAUUCGUGCGGAGUUGUCUAAAUACCCCGUGAAGACACGACUGAGUCUCACCGGGACGAUCAUCGUCGCUCGCGAUAUUGCCCACGCCCGCAUGCGGGAGAUGCUCGAGGCGGGCAAGCCGCUGCCGGCGUACAUGCGGGACCACCCGGUCUAUUACGCCGGGCCCGCCAAGUGCCCCGAGGGCCUCCCCUCCGGCGCCUUCGGCCCCACCACCGCCGGCCGCAUGGACCCCUUCGUCGAUCUCUUCCAGUCGCACGGCGGCUCAUUUGUGAUGCUCGCGAAGGGAAAUCGCAGCCGGCAGGUGACAGAGGCCUGUCGCAAACACGGCGGAUUUUAUCUCGGUAGCAUCGGUGGACCAGCAGCCGUGCUCGCAACGGAGUCCAUCCGCAAGGUGGAGGUGCUCGACAUGGCAGAACUCGGAAUGGAAGCAGUGUGGAAGAUUGAGGUGGAGAACUUCCCAGCGUUUAUCGUCGUCGACGACAAGGGAAAUGACUUUUUUCAGCAACUAAAAUAA